ACCGGCCCUCACAAGCCCCGUCUCAGUCCUGUUGCCACUGCCUAUGAAGGCUUGGUUGGUAUUUACCUCCACAGUAUUCAGCAGGACCCGGACCCGAGAAGCGGUUUCCGCGGGUUCUUUAUCCCUGGGCCAGAGCAGUUCCGGGAGCCGGAAUUCGGCCGCUCCGUGCUCGGUGUAUGUUCUGAUAGGAGCAGGCUCCAAGAAGCAGUUUCCACGGGUUAUUUAGCACUGAGCCUGAGUAAUUUGUCUGCGAGCCACAGGCGAAUGGCAGCCUGAAAUUACCUCUUCUAUGGCUGAAUGAGCUGCGAUCAGUCGAAAACAGGGAUGGUGACGUCAGCUCUCCAAGAUGGUGGCCGCUGGCUUCCUCUGUGGUCUGACCGGUGUGGAGAACCGAAUUGGACUGCUUCCUUCCCCCGUCUCAAACCCAGAAUUCAGCACUGAGUACGGUGAUUGCACAGCUGGCAGAAGCCCGCAGAAACUGCAGCGCUGUAUCUUUGCGUUGCUAUCUCCUCGUUUCCCAGCGCGCGCCGCAGAUUCUAGCCGCAGGGCGAUUUGCUGAAUAAGCAGCGUGACCCUCUGUGCGGACAAAUCUCUCGCGUUUGAGACGCCGUAGCUGAUCCUCGUGCGAUGGAAAUCCUUCCUCUAGGUUUUGGAGCACCCCAAUUUUGCUGGCAAUUCCUAACAAGAUAGCUUUUAGCCAUCGUUCUAACUCGUCAUUCUCCCGCACAGUGACGUGGUACACGGGGGUAAUGCUCUCCCUUCGCCGCCGUCUUCCCAGAACCCGCAUGUUUAUUUUUAAUAGCUUUAUUAAAAGGAAAAUCGCAAGCUGGAUACCAUAGCACAUGCUUAUAAUCCCAUCACCUCUGGAGACUGAAACACAAUGAUCUCAAGGUGGAGGCCAGCCUCACCAGCUUAGCAAAACCCUGUCUCAAAAAGACAAAAACAAGCAAACAAAAUGACUGGGUAUGGGAUGUAACUCAGUAUUAUAACACUCCUGGGUUUAAUCCCUAGUACCAAAAAAAAAAAAGGAAGAUCACUGAUUAGCAUUAAGCUAAAUAUCAUUAUCUCACAUGGUUUGACUGCUUGUUUUUCUAACUUUUGGGGGGGGAAAGGGGAUGAGUCCUGAGAUUAUAACCCAGAGUCAGUUUACCAUUGAGUCAGUUCUUUUUAUUUUUUAUUUUGAGACAGGGUCUCACUAAGUUGCCUAGAGCCUCACUAAGUUGUUGAGGCUAGCCUUAAUCUUGCAAUUGUCCUAUCUCAGCCUACCAAGCCACUGGGAUUAUAGGUGUGUGCUUUUUCUAACCUUUUUAUUUUGAAAUAAUUUCAAACAUAAAUGUUGCUAAAAUAAUACAGGUGUUUCUAUAUGUCUUUCACAUACUAAUAAACUUCUGAAUUUAAGCUCAAUGUUUCUUUUAAUUUAUGAGUAAAAGACCUUUUCUUUUUUGAGACAGAAUCUUGCUCUGUUGCCCAGGCUGGCCUCAAACUCCUGGGUUCAAGCAAUCCUUCCUCAUUCUCUCAAGUAGUUGGGACUAAAGGCAUAUACCACUGUAUCUGGCUUCUAAUUUGUGAUUUAAAUAACACAUAAAACUAAAAUUUGUGCUCAGGUGUAGCUCAGUGAUAGAGAACUUGCCUAGCAUUCAUGAGGCCCAGAGUUCGAUUCCCAGACUACAAAAAGAAUAACCCAAAAAAACAAACAAACAAACAAAAAACACCCAUUUAACAAAUUUGAUAUAAAACAGAGAAGAAUAACAAAUAAAUUGAAUAACAGAAUAAGGAUCUUUCCUGGCAAAAUUAAUGAGCUGAAUGACUUUUAAUGCAAAAAAAUGUAAGAAUAUGCACUUGGGUCUAAAAAUCCUACAGUAGUUUUAUAGAGUCAGCAGUGAAAUGCGGAAAUGACUUGGAAGAUUUCAGUAUGGAAGUAUUAUCAUGGAGUAAUAGAAUUCUACCCUUAGGCUGGUGAGAUCGGAGCAAGCAAACAGCGGACUGACCCAGGGUUCGGGUGAGGGACCGGGACAGGGAACCUGUGUGAGGUCAGAGACUUCUGGCCAGGUGCUGGAUCUCAGGUACCCUGUGCCCAAGAUGCGGUAGAAGCGUCGAGCACGUGAAGCCAGGGGCCCAGCGCCGCCAAUCCGUCGCCCAGCCCAUGGCGACCCCAGCCCUGGAGCUGCUCUUGGCGCUCGGCCUGCCGUUGCUGCCGGCCCUCUUGGGCCGAGCCUGGGGGCACACUACCACAGCACUGAACCCUUCGGAGAAUGGCACUAUCACGCCCUCUGUCCCCAGCCCCAGUGAGGGUCUGUCUCAGGAGGCCAUUACUUGUAUCAUCGUGGUUUUCUCCGUCCUGGCCGCCUUGCUCCUGGCCGUGGGGCUGGCGCUACUGGUACAGAAACUUCGGGAGAAGCGGCAGACAGAGGGCACGUACCGGCCCAGCAGCGAGGAGCAGGUGGGUGCCCGCGCACCACUGCCCCCCAAUCUCAAGUUGCCUCCGGAGGAGCGGCUCAUCUGAAGACUGUGGACAGCUGCAGCUGCCCGUUCUGCCCAGGACUGCCCAACACCCCCGCGCACAGAGCAGCCGCCACUGAGACACCAGCUCUGAUGACUCAGGGGCACUAUGGGGCACUGGCCUGGUGGCUGUGCAGCAUGCUGCCUCUGCUGGACUCUGCAUGCAGCUGGGAGGCCGGGACGGGGCCACUCCCGCUUGCUGCACCGUCUUCAUUUCACUGUGCUGUGUACUGUCCCCUGCAGCAGGCCCAACAACCCCCAAUCCUUUCUUUCAGUUCUCUCACGCAGCGGAUGCUCAAGCCCCCCCAGGACUCCAAGGAGAAGGUGCCGGGCUGCCUGCCCAUCUAGGUCCCUCCCUUCCUCCAUCUCCCUUCCCUGCUAUGUGACCUUGGGGAAGGGGUGUCUUCUCUAGGCAAUCAGACUCACCCAGUGCUUGAGAAUAGAAGGGAAGAAGGUGCUUCAGAGACUUGUUUCCUGGGGGCAGGGGGAGGGCUGCUCACGUUUUAUACAUUUAUGUAAAGUUGGUAGUGACAUGUAAUAAAGCUUUUUUGGGUUAGUGGGAACAUUAGCCUAGAUGGAGAGAUGAAGGUAGUGGUGAGUUAUAAGGUUACGGGGAUCUUAGGGGUGUGAGGGGGCUUCCUGGAAGAGAGUGGCUUUUAGGUGCACCUAGGAGCCAGAAGGGCUAGCCCUGGAGGGUGGGUGGGGGUAGGUGGGUUUUGGAUCUGAGAGUAGGCCCACCCUAAACUCACCAGGACAGACCAGCUUUGGGCUCUCGUGGCUUUAUUGAGGAUCCAGGGUCUCCUCCACACCCCUGAUCCUUUACCCUCAAAACACUUCUUAAGAUCAGCAACUCGCGGCCUCUUCCUGGCCUGGGGCUCUUGCCAAUCGUUGGUGGGUGAGGUAAGGGUGUUGGGGAUUCCUGCGUCCUCGGGGGACUGGAAGUGAGCAUGUUCUAGCAGGACCUUGGGAGGCUGGGUUCUGGGAUUCUUGGAAAACUGGGGUCUGGGGAAGACUCAAGGGACUGGGAUGUCCUGACAAUAUCAAAGUUAGGCUCUAUGGGGGCUAGAAGUUGGGGACUUUUUGGAGGGCUGGGCUAGGUGUUUGCCUGGGAGAGCCUGGUGCAAGGGAUCUCCCAGGCUCUAGGAUGCUCAGUUGCCUUUUGAAGAGGGGAGAGAUGAAGGGUUGAGGGCUCAGUAAGAGGAGAGGACUCAGGGUCCCCUGGGCUGCUUGUGUCUGUAGAAGCUGUUGAAAGCUGGGAUAGAGAGAUGAUUUCUUGGCUGGAGCCUGAGAGCAGCUGGGAAUUGGGGUUCUUUGAGGAGCAUGUGAUUUCCAAAGAUGGUGUGUUUUGAAGGGAUGACAGGUCUGCAGGCAGGUACAGGGGCUGGGGCUCUGGCAGUUUCUCUUCAUCUGGUUGCCAUCUUAUUCUUCCUGGUAGGUCAGGCUGAGUGGGGCAUGGGAGGAGAGAGCAGGUUGCUGACCUUCUGAUGAGAAAGAGCUGGCAGGUUGUAUGGGCAGUUGAGGAAAGAUUAGGUGGGGGGGUGGGGGCUCUCUCAACAGGCUGAAACAGCUGGCCAGGUCCCCUCCGUGACAGUAUAAGCUCUGGCUUGGCCUCAGGCUGCCCAUGCUCCUAGUUUGUACACUCAAACUGUCUAGAAUCUUGCUCAGAAAAUCCAGUUCUUCUCCAGACCCCAAAAAGUUGCUGUGCAGAACUUCUUCUGCCCAUGGACCUUGGGCAUCCUCAGGGCUCAGGGGAGGUGUCCUGGCUGAGAAAGGGCACCCCAAGUUUCCUGAGACCUCAGCCCUGGUUGGUCUGCUCUAAUGUUUGGAGAGCCUUCUGAUCUAUCCUGGUCUUCCACUUCCAACCUUGGUCCCCUUUGAGUCUUACCUUUCCCCCAGGGGCUCAGAAAGUCCCUCUUCCAGCUUAAGUCUCCUGCUGGGGCGAAGGGGUCUGUUCUACAAAGGACAGAUGUGGAGAGGGCAGUGAUGUGGAGCUGCAGAAUCAGGGUGCUGGGGCUUUCUGGAGGAGGGUGUGUUUGAAGUGAGCACCAAAUUUUGGUGUAUGUGAGGAGUGAGGCGAGAUGUUCAGGCAGAGACUAGGGACGGGGGUGGAGGAUUUGAUGAUGAUAAUUCCAGGUGUUUACCUGGGAAGCACAUCCUUACCUGUCCAAAGUGCUGGGUGAUAGGCAGGCACUGCUGCAGGCAAUCUGAGCAGCUGGUGAGGGUAUGAUCCUUAGGGAGCCUCCCCUGUGUAGGCCAGAGUCCCCAUCCUAGGAAGAGAAUGCAGAACUGGAGGCUCCUUCCCUCUUCCCUCCCAGGGCAUUGGCCGUGCAUCAUUGAUGGCCUUACCUUGUACAACAGUAGGCUUUGCAUUCCUUUCGGACCACUCUUGGCCUAUGGAAAAGCCAAGGGGAAUUAGACCUAUGGAUGACUGGACACUGGGCAUCUGAAGUCAGCCCUCUGACCCCUAGGAAAGCUGUGCCUUGCCACAGGAUCUGUCUCUGUGUCUUCCAAAUACGUUCACUACUCCCUGGGCACCACCUCUGAAGUCAACAUAAACUUUUGCCCCCUUGACUAAUACAAAAGCAUUUCUGGAGGCCUAAACCCACAUAAAACGGAGUGGCCAUACUGCCUUGUAAAAAUGUGUCACUGUCUCCAUCAAACAAAGAAUAAACUUAGAUGGACAAUUUUAAGCCCCAGGAAACUUUCAGGCUUUGGACAAAAAAAGAAGGGCAGAAGCUGGGAUGUUUCCUCUGAGGACAAGAGUCACCUUGGCUGUCAAUUUUAAAUGGGCAAGAAGUGAUUCUGACCCAGCCAAGCCUGCUGGAGGGGACAUGAGAGCGGGAGGACUGUUCCUAGCUUGGCUGCUGCAUCAGCUCUGAUGAAGGCCUUCGCAGGACAUGCCUGUCAGGGUUAAGUGACCCAUUGCCCUUGGAGCCUCAAAACAUCCUCUGUCCCCUCCCCCUUGUCACCCCAGCAGUCUGGCCAAUCCUGCCCAGCUCACCGAGUGGUACAUGAUCCUAACAGCUGGUUGGGUUUUGGCUUUGACCAAAUGCAGGACAGCACCACCACCUUUCUGUGGAAGACGUUUGUCAAAGGAGAGACUUGGGAUCUUGGGGCCUCUGUACUAGGGCUGGGCCCCAGGCCCCACUCCCACCCCAGCUGUGCUGCUGGCCAAUUCCCCCACCUCUAUAAAUGAGCAUAAUCACGGACCCUAUUGAGGACUAUUGUGGGGUUAAAUUAAUCUAAUCCAAUUAACAUGUAAAAAAAGGGAAAAGAAGUUCUACCUUUAUCUACAAUAUUAUGCUGAAAUCUGGGCACUCAAGCUCUAAACUAGAAAAUCUUGAGAGGAAACUGACCAAAACUGUGGGAAGAUUUAAAGAUGUCCUGUUAAUGCUAGAUUAUAAUUAGAUUAUAACUCUAAAAAAAUUAUAUUUAGAAGAGCUAAAUAUAAUUUCUUACUUGGCAACACCUAAAGUAGUAGAAUUGGGACCACAGUACAAGAAAGAGUAAAGAAAAACUUUUCAGUAGGAUUUUUCAAACUGUCUAGCAUCUAAUACAUUCUCUAUCAGUACAAGUAUUCAGGUAUAAGCUGGCCAGGCAUUCAGUGGGAACAUGCUUGGAAUGAAGCAUCAAAUGAGAGCUGGACGAGUUUGAAGACCCUUUUGAUCUGGAUACUAUCUGUGACAACAGCUUAGAAGAGCUGAUACACUGGUUAAAUUACCAUAUAACACGAAUGAUGAACCUAAGCUAAUUUUGAGGUAUUCUUUAAAAGAUCUCACUUUUCCUGUUUUUUUAAAAAAAAAAAAAAAAAAAAAAACACCUAGAAGGGAUUUUUGAAAAGGACAUUAUAUGUAAAUAUAUAUGGGCAGAGAGUGUAGCUCAGUGGUAGAGUCAGCUUAGCAUGUUCAAGGCCCUAGGUUCAACCCCCAGCAUGGCAAAAUAAAUAAUAAAUGGGUUUAUACAUGGUAUGUGACUAUAUAUACAUAUGUAUGUAUAUAUUUAAUUCAUUGAAAUUCUUUUGGGUGAGAAUUAGCUGUAUAAGUAUAAAGAGAAGUGUAAGGAAGCAGUGUGCCAUUUUCAAACAUGAAUGAAAUGGCUUUUUACUCAAGGAUUUUUAAUUUUCCACAAAGUAAAUAAUUUGAUAAUUUAUCCAUAAAUUGCUAGUUUUCAUGAUUAUGUAAAGUAAUUUACAUCAUAUUUGUUUUGAAUACAGAAAUUCCUAAUUCUUUUCUGUGGGGUAGGCAUGGGAGAGUACCAGGGAUUGAACUCAGGGCACUCAAACAUCGAUCCACAUCCCCAGCCCUAUUUCAUAUUUUAUUUGGAGACAGGGUCUCACUGAGUUGCUUGAACUACUAUAAAGUCUCUAAACUCCCCGAUUAGAAUUUCAUCUAUUUUCAUCAUCAUUCUGUAAAAGUAACUGAGAAUUGUGAUCAUGUCAUUCAACAGAGUGAGAACCAGCUUAGCUUUUAAAGUCAUUUGCAUCUUUCCAGUCUCAUUUUUAUUUUGUCUGUCUCCCAUGUAGUCCAUGCAAGUUAUCUCUUGCCAUUCUAUAAUUGUCUGGUACUUUCUGUUCACACCCUUAAUUCUGUUUUUUGCUAAGAAUGACCGUUUCCCUUGCUCACAUAUCUGACCAUUGGUCUACUCUAUAGAUGCCCAUUCUUUUUUUAAGAUUGAACUCAGUAAUCACAUACAACUUCUGAGACCUUAGCAUCCCUUCAGAAAUACUUCAAGGUCUUCUCUGUUUUCUAACAUUAUAUUAUAAUCGUGUGCUUAUUUACAAGUCUCCCCCUCUCAUGUGUUAGCUCUUUGGAGUCAGAAACUUUUGCUUCCCUAUCUUUGCUUAUCUGGUAAGCCUUCUAGUCAGUGUUUUGUGGUAUAGGUAAUUCUCAAUAAAUAUUUAUCAAUUUUAUUUCCCUGGAAUUUUUGCUUUGAUUUUGACUUAAAAUUUUUCCAUUGUGAAGACACUUUGCUGAAAAGAGUACUCAAGAAUGUUAGACUCUUCCUCAUUUUUUUACACCAGUAGUUCCCAAAUCUAGAUGAAUUUUUAGACACCUGGAGAUGUUUUGUUUUAGAAGACAUGUUCCAUCCCCUUACCACACCUUACCACUCCUAAUAAAUAAGGAUACCUGCAGAGGCCCACUGAAAUUUGUACUUUUUUUUUUUUUGUACUGGGGAUUGAACCCAGGGGAAGUCAAUCACUGAGCCACAACCACAGCCCUAUCUUGUAUUUUAUUUAGAGAUAGGGUUUCACUGAAUUGCAUAGUACCUCACCUUUGCCGAGGCAAAGUGAACUCAAGAUCCUACUGCCUCAGCCUGCUGAGCUGCUGGGCAGCUUGCUGCCAUGCCUAGCAGAAUUUAUACUUUUUACAAAGCUGCUGUCCAAAUUUUCCUUGUGUGUCCUUUUCUCAAUUAUGCAUUUCAGAAUUAGUGUAUAACAACAGUUUUGAAAACACUUUGUAAAUUGUAAGUAAUGCUGGUUAUUUUUAUCUAUCACUUUGUCUCCUUGAUGCCCUACCAGCAAUCUCAAAGAAGUAAACUGUUUCUCUAAGGCUAAUGCCUUGGAUACCCUAAGGUUUGAAAGAACGUUAGGAAGUAACAGCAGGAAAAAUGUCAGUUAUCUUGUUCAAACAUUUUUAUCAGAAAAAGGGCCAGAAAUCUGGAAACAUACAUUAUGUCCUUAUUCUCUGAAAUGUUGAAGAGGAAUGAUUCCAGAAACUAAAUAUCAGAAAGCUUGAAUGCAACCUACCAAGAAUGCAACCUUCUAUCUGUUAAACAGAUAAGCAUUUAUAAAAAGAAAUGGUGAAAAAAUCCAUAUUAGUUAACUAUAAAUCUUAACCAACUACAUUUUACUUCUCUUUUUUGAGGUGUUUACUAGAACCUCUAGAGGAAAGUAUAAAUUAUGGAAGAAAUCCCAAUUUAAGAAAAGCAUUUUAUUAAGAUUGAAAAAAAACCAUUUUUUCCAUAUUUGGCUACUGUGAAUUGUGCUGCUAUAAACAUUGAUAUACAUGCUUUUAGUUCUUUAGUAUGCUGAUUUUAGUUCUUUUGUAUAAAUACCACCAAAAAGUGGGAUAGCUGGGUCAUAUGGUGUUUCUAUUCCUAUUCUUUUGAGGGACCUCUGUGCUGCUAUCCAAAGCGGUUGUGCCAAUUUUCAGUCCUACCAAUAAGGUACCUUUAUCCUCACAUCCUUGCCAGCAUUUAUUUGUAUUCUUGAUGAUUGCCAUUCUAAAUAGAGUGAGAUGAAAUCUCAGUGUAGCAGGGCACAGUGGCGCAUACCUGUAAUCCCAGCUACUCAGGAGGCUGAGGCAUGAGGAUCUCAAGUUCAAAGCCAGCAUCAGCAGAGGCAAGGCACUGAGCAACUCAGUGAGACCCUUUCUCUAAAUAAAAUACAAAAUAAGACUGGGGAUGUGGGUCAGUAGUAAAGGGCCCCUGAGUUUAAUUCCUGGUUAUACCCCCACCCCCACAAAAAAAAAAAUCUCAGUAUAGUAUUGAUUUGCAUUUCCCCAGUUGCUAAGGAUGUUGAUUAUUUUUUCAUAUGUUUUUUGGCCAUUUGCAUUUGUUCUUUUGAGAAAUGUCUUAAGUUUAGUUUAUUUGCCCAUUUAUUGAAUAGUUUGUUUGUUUGAUAUUAAGUUUUCUGAAUACUUUGUGUAUUCUGACUAUUAAUCUCCUGUUGGAAAAGUAACUGGCAAAAAUUUUCUCCCAUUCUGCAGAGUCUCUGUUCCUAUUCUUAAUUGUUUCCUUUGCCAUGCAGAAUCUUUUUAGUUUGAUGCCAUCUCACUUACUGAUUCUUGAUUUUAUUUCUUGAAUUUUAAGAGUCUUAUUAAAGAAGCUGGUGCCUGUGUCAAUAUGUUGGAGUAUUAAUUUCAUGUUUUCUUCUGACUGUUGCAGUGUUUCUAGUCAAUUCCCAGGUCUUUCAGCUACUUAGAGUUGAUUUUUGUCAGGGUGAGAGGGAUCUAGUUUCAUUGUUCUACAUAUGGAUAUCCAGCUUUCCUAGCACCAAUUGUUAAAAGACUAUCUUUUCUCCAGCAUAUGCUUUUGGCACCUUUGUAACCAAUAUCAAAUGACUGUGUCUACAUGAAUUUGCCGCUUUGUCUUCUAGUCUUUUCCAUUGGUCUUCAUGUCUGUUUUUAUGCCAGUACCAUGCUGUUUUUGUUACUGUGGCUCUGUAGUAUAAUUUGAUAUCAGAUAUUGUGAUAACUCUAAUAUUGCUCUUAUUGCUCAGUAUUUCUUUGGCUAUACUGGGUCUUUUAUUCUUCCAAAUGAAUUUUAGUACUGUUUUUUUCAAGUUGUAUGAGAAAUGUCAUUGGUAGUUUGAUGGGGAUCAUAUUGAAUCUCUAGAUUACUUUUAGUUAUGUCCAUUUUAACAAUAUUAAUUCUGCUUAUCCAAGAACAUAGGAGGUCUUUCCAUCUUCUGAGGUCUUCUGAAAUUUGUUUCUUCAGUGUUUUAUAAUUUUCAUUGUAAAGGUCUUUUCCCUUCUUAGAUUUAUGAUUUUUGAGGCUAUUGUGAAUGAAAUUGUUUUCCUGAUUUUUUUCUCAGCAGAUUCAUUAUUGGAGUAUAGGAAAGCAAUUGAUUUUUGCAUGUUAAUCUUGAAUCCUUCUAAUUUGCUGAAUUUGUUAUCAACUCUCCCAGUCUUCUGUUGGGGUUUUUUGAGUCUUAUAUAUCUUGAGUUUUUUUGAAUGUAGACCCAUGUCAUCAACAAAUAGAUAAUUUGACUUGUUUUACUAUUUGUAUCCUUUUAAUUUCUUUCUUUUACCUGAUUUCUCUGUCUAGAGUUUAAAGAACUAUAAUGAAAGAAAAUGUACUGUAUAUCCACAGUGGAGUUUUACUUAGCCAUAAAGAAGAAUAAAAUUAUGUCAUUUGCUAUCAAAUGGAUGGAACUGUAGAACAUCCUGCUAAGUAAAAUAAGCCAGACUGAGAAAGUCAAGGAUUGAAAUUUUUCUCUCAUCUGCAGAAGAGAGACAGCGAAAGAAAUUUUUAAAAAGAGAUAGAGGGAAUCUCACAAAAAUAGAAGAGAUACUAAUAGAGUAGAAGAACAGGAUAGAGAGGGAGGGAGGAGAGAGGGCAUGGGGAAAUA